AUGGUUGGGCAUACAUUAAUCUUCCCAGGGUACAAGGACUUCUGUGCAUGUGCCACCAUGCGGAGUGUUCUGGAAGAUGAUCCCUGGUCUGACUCGCAGACAAUGGCAGACUACACCUUUGCAGAAUACAGCUGGCAGGAUGGUACCACGGAGCUUGCAUGCGGCAAUGACUCAGACGCUGCUGUGGGCUUUUGGUGUGACUACACUGGCUCAGCUGAUCUUGUGGCCCAAGAUGUGCUUCACGAUGGUCCGCAUGGGAAUUCGCCUUGCCGAGAUGGGAAUGCCGCGAUGGCGCAGCAUGAUCGCCCAGAUGGGAACACAUGCUUUGAGUGCGUGAAUCCAGAUGACAUUGGCAGUGCGGUCGUCAGUUCUGGUGGGGAGGCUGUUGGUGGCAUUUGCUGGAAGACAUGCGAGCAUAUUCGCCUUGACCUUGCGGAAUCCUUUUCUGCUGAAUCAGGUGAGCCAACGGCUUGCAGAGGCAUGGUUCUGUUCACGGAGCUGCCUGACACAGUAGGCGUUUCCGCUGUGUGGCGUGGAGUUUGGGAGCCUCUACCAGAGACGGCGUCUGUUUCUGCAAGCUGCCUCGGGAGUUCCGUCGACGAUGCCUGCUGGGAGCUUUUCUGCAUCGAGCAUGGUGUCCAACCCGACGGACAGCUGCUUUACAGGUUUGUGGAUCUCGUGCAGGCAGUCGUGCACGAUUGGUGCGCAGGAAAUUACUGGUUGCUUUUCUUGUCAGACCUGCUCUUUGCAAGCACGGACGCUGCAACGGACUGUUCGCAAGAACCGCGCGCAAUUGGGAACAGAAUCGCUGCUUCUGACUUUGGUCGAUUGGGGCAGCUGGCCGGCAGCCACACGGCACUCGGUGCAGGCAAGGCUUGCAAUAGAGCAAGCGUGAAGCGCGCGGCAUUUGUGGAUGCAGGUUGA